GAUACAGUGGGAGCCAGAGAAGGAGUAACUGGCUCUCUAGAAACCAUGGAAACAGGGAGCUGACCUCCUGGGGGCCUUACACCAUUAAGGUGCCCCGUGGAUCGUGCAGAUGCGACAAUGAUCAUAAGGCCUGGGUCCAAGUCUCACAUCAGUCAAGGCUUUGCUGUGUAUUUCUAGGAAACCUCUUUUGCUCCUAAGACUCACUAUCUACCUGGAAAAUUUAAAGUUUAGGUGGGCCUGAGAUCUUUGCCCCACCCCCACCCCGCAUGUCACAUACUGGUAUAUUCAUGCUGGAGCCUACCCUAACCUGGUGUCUAAGACCCUAAAAACUAGACGAAGCAUCAAACUUCCCGCCCCUGCACAGCAGUCAACCUGGGGCGGUGCCUGGGUGCUAGGGGCGGGACUCCGUCAGAGGGCGGGGCAAAGGGCUAGGCUGGGGUGCAGGCCCCGCCCAGAAGCCGUUCAUCCAGUCAGUAACAGCGGGGGCGGCGAUAUCCCCGCCUUUCGCAAGGAGCCGCUCGCGCAGAGAGCGCGCUGCGCAGGUCUUGGAGCCGGCGUCCGCCAGGUGCGCGUGGUCUUGUGGUGCGGAGCAGUGCCCGCGGAGAGCGCAGACUGCUGACCGGCGCGCGGAGCGUCCUGGGCUGGGCUGGGAGAAGGGUCGCAUUCGGUUCUCCUUUGCCUGGCCGAGCCGCGCGGUGCCGGAGGCCCCCACCUUAGAAGAGCAGCUGACCCCGGCCGGGGGCGCCCUUCGCGCGGACUGCCCACCGCUGCCAUGGCCGACCACCUGAUGCUCGCGGAAGGCUACCGCCCGCUGCAGAGGCCGCCUGCGGCCGCUGCCGCUCACAACCCUCGCACGCUCCGGACUCUCCAGCCUUACGCGGACCCGGGCCUGGUCGGCGGGCUGCGGCCACAGGGGGCUCCGCUGGGACAGCCGCCUGCUCCACCCGGGGCCCUGGCAUACGGGGCUUUCGGGCCCCCCUUCUCUUUUCAGCCCAUUCCCGCGGGGCCGCCGCCAGCCCCUGGCAGCGCGCACCUGCAGCAGGUGGCCACGCUGUACCCGGGUCGCCAGAGCGCUCCCCUGGGCGCUGCCGGGGCCCCCCUGGGCCUGCAGCCCACGCCCGGCGCCGCGGCCCCUCCGCCGCCCGCGCACGCCCUGGGCGGUGUGGACGCCGAACUCAUCGACGAGGAGGCGCUGACGUCGCUGGAGCUAGAGCUCGGGCUGCACCGCGUGCGUGAGCUCCCGGAGCUCUUCCUGGGCCAGAGCGAGUUUGACUGCUUCUCGGACCUGGGGUCGGCGCCACCCGCGGGCUCUGUGAGCUGCUGAGAGCCCCCGGCGCCCAAAAGAAGAAGCGGGUCUGAGUGCCCGCCGGACUCCGCAGCCUCCCCGCGCGCACCCUCUCCAAGGGCGGCGGCCGUGGUGAGCGCGAAAGCCCCGCGUCAGGCGGGACGCCGGGCCUGCCUCGAGGCCCUGCCUACUGCAGGACGAAUUUGACUUCUGACCUGAGCCUCAGCUGGAAAGUGAAGGAGACUGUUGUGACUCGACGUUCUUAGAUUCUGAGUUCUGUCUCUUUCCUACCCUCCACCAGUCCCCAUUCUGAGCCAUUACAGGCCUCUGCCUGGUGCCCCCACUCCUCGAACAGACCCCACUACCGGGAUUGGGUCCCCGGAGCCACCGUCCUCAAGCCUCCACCCUUGCUUCCUCAUCAGCCUGAGUUGGAGAAGAUGUACAGCCUUGACCCUUGCGGAGUGGAACAGUGCCCCACCUGGCCUCCAAAACCGAAAUAAAACUGGGUCACUCUG